AUGGAUAAGAGUACUACAAGAAUUGAACCGGAUCAGCCACUUUUAACUAAUGAUAAUGACAUGGAUAACGAGAGACUGUCGCCUCAACAAAAGAAAUAAAUGAGAGAUAGAGAAGAUCUGAACUUUUGGAAUGUAAUGAAGCAGAUCUGUGAUUUGUCGGUUUAUCCCAUUGUAGGAAUGUUGUUCCAUCCAGCCUAUCAGAUUGUAAAUACUAUUAUAUUGGGAUAAGAUGAUGAAGCAGUCAAUAACUUAGCCAUCUUUGGACUUGCUACAGUUACAAUGAGUAUUGCAAUGAUGUCAAUUCAAUUAUCAUUUAACAACGCACUAAUGACCUUAGUAUCUCAAGCACAUGGCUAACAAGAACCGAGACUUUGUAGUAUAUAUCUUAACAGAUAACUAGUUCUAAAUGUUAUUGUUUUCAUUCCACUCUGCAUAUUGCUUUUGUUUGCAGAGUCAUUUUUCUUGGCUAUAGGUCAACAAGCUGAGAUCGCUUAAAGAGCAUCUAAUUAUAUAAGAGUACUUUUGCCAGGAUAUUUUUGCUUUGGUAUCUUCCACGCUUACUAAAAGUAUCUUGCAGGCCAGAAAGAAGUCAGGCUAUCAACAUUUUCCUAUGUCUUAGCAUUCAUAAUACACCUUCCAGUAAGUUACUUACUCGCAGUCUAUUAUGAUAUGGGAGUUGAGGGCAUUGCAAUAGCCUCUAGCAUCCAUUUAUCUAUGAGGUUAAUUAUCUUGAGUAUUGCAAUAAAAUUUUCUCAAUUCAAUAGUAACUUAGUUUCUAUAAUAGACUAGGAGACUUUUAGAAAUCUUAAGCCUUAGAUGAAGAUGAGUCUUUACUCAAGCGGCAUGCUUAUCUGGGGUUGGUGGGCUUUUGAUAUCUUUACUUUUCUUAGUAACUUUAUGACUAAUGAUAUAAUGGCAGCACAAAUAGUUUGCAGGCAAAUCGUUUUGCUAUUCUAUAUGAUACCAAUUGGACUUUCAAUAGCAUCAUCAAUUCUGGUAGGCAAUAUGAUCGUGAUUAAUCUUAUUAACGAGGCUUUUGUAAUGCUAUGUCUUUACAUUCUAUUUGAUUGUUUGUAAUGUAUUGGGACUGGCAUCAUAAGUGGACUCGGUAAGCAAAACAAGGGAUCUCUAUUGACAAUAUUUUAUUUUAAAAUGGGUAUCACUGCCUUGUGGUAAGGUCCUCUAGUUGCUAUUGCUUUUAACUCAGUUGCUUAUUAUGCAUUUAUCUUAUGCGUUGAUCUUAAAGAAACAAUUAGAAUUGCUGAGGAGAGAAGACUUAGAGAGAAAAAUCAUUUAUGA